GCUGCUGCAGUUGAAAAUGGUUUGCAUGUCUCAAGAGCUGCCCCACUUGCUUUGUGUGUCGGUGAAGUGCUGCAUAGCUCACGCCUUCAGAAGAGAGCAUCAGCAUGAUUUCGUUCUGAAUGCAAUUUGGGGAGAAACCUAAAGGAACACACAAUAACAACAAAUACCUUAAUAGAACUAUACACAAAGAAGAUUGCCAACACGCGCCAAGAUUUUGUGGCAGGCCUCUGAAGAGCAGGGAUGAGGUCAGGGAAUGUUGUGAUCCCAGCUACAGCUGUGUUGUUGUUUCUUCUGUCUGGACUAUCACUGACUGAUGCCUGCAACAAGGCACUUUGUGCCAGCGAUGUCAGCAAGUGCCUUAUUCAGGAGCUGUGUCAGUGUCGACCGACAGAUGGGAACUGCUCGUGCUGUAAGGAGUGCAUGCUGUGCCUUGGCACUCUCUGGGAUGAGUGCUGUGACUGUGUAGGAAUGUGCAAUCCCAAAAACUACAGCGACACCCCACCGACGUCUAAGAGCACGGUGGAGGACCUGCACGAGCCAAUCCCGUCUCUGUUCCGGGCACUGACAGAGGGGGAGACACAGCUCAACUGGAACAUUGUGUCCUUCCCUGUGGCCGAGGAGCUUUCCCAUCACGAGAACCUUGUUUCCUUCCUCGAGACCCUCGACGAAGCCCAGUCCCAGAACGUCUCUGUCCCUGGCAACAGCAUCCACGCACGCUACAACAGCGACAAAGAUCACAUGUGCACAGUGGUCUACUUUGAUGACUGCAUGUCUAUCCACCAGUGUAAAGUCUCGUGUGAAUCCAUGGGAGCCUCCAAAUACAGAUGGUUCCACAACGCCUGCUGUGAAUGCAUAGGGCCUGAGUGCAUUGACUACGGCAGCAAGUCUGUCAAGUGCAUGAACUGCAUGUUUUGAAAAAAACUCACAGUACUUCUACAGUGGACAACAAAUACAAAGAACAGCAGACGAGGAGUAAUAAUGACUGUGCAAAAAGAAAGAAAAUGGAUUGUAGUUGUCAUUUGUAUCGUAGUUUUAUAUAAGGUGAUGUAAAAUUUGCCCUUGCCAAAUUCUUUUGUAUUUUUUACAUUUUACUGUAUAUUUUUGGAAUUUGUAUAGGUUUCUAACAGAGAUGUAUAUCUAUAGUAUAGUAGUUUUUUUUCAGGAAUCUACACCUGCAUAGCUGAUCCAUCUUCACCAUUCUUACAAAUAAAUGCUAUGCCAAAAAAAA